UCCCUCGACGCUCCGCUCCCUAUCUGUAUACUUCGAUAGACAACAAGCCGGAGCUCAAAGAGUUACUAGUUCCUCCCUCCCCCCUCUCCCAUGGCGUGCCCCUCGCGUUUCCCCGCCGCGGCCGCGUCGUCGUCCUUCCACGGCCAGCUCCUCCGCCCCGCGGCCCCGCCGCCCGUCGCCCGGCCGAGCCGGAGGAGCAGCGGCGGCGGCGCCGUCUCGGUGAGGGCCUCCGACGGGACAGUGUUGGUGGAGAAGUCGGAGGCGGAGAAGCCGUACAGGCUCAAGGCCGUCUAUCUCGAGAAGAUCGUGCCCCUGUUCAAAGACGAGUUCUCCUACGCCAACAUCCACCAGGUGCCGAAGGUCGAGAAGAUCGUGGUGAAUUGCGGGAUUGGAGAGGCUGCUCAAAAUGCAAAGGGGCUGGAUGCAGCCAUGAACGAUAUGGCGCUUAUCACGGGGCAGAGGCCUAUCAAGACGCGGGCCAGGGUCUCCCUUGCUACCUUCAAGAUCAGAGAAGGUCAGCCGCUCGGUAUCGCAGUUACUCUCCGAGGAAAUAUCAUGUACUCGUUCCUGGACCGACUAAUCAACUUGGGGCUUCCCCGGACGAGAGACUUCCAAGGUUUAAACCCAAAUAGCUUUGAUGGGCAUGGGAAUUACAGCGUUGGCAUCCGGGAUCAGAGUGUCUUCCCGGAGAUCAGGUACGAUGCUCUAGGCAAACCGAGGGGGAUGGACGUGUGCAUCACAACUACCGCCGAGACGGAUCAGGAGGCUCAAAGGCUGUUGGCUCUGAUGGGAAUGCCGUUUAGAGAAGGCGGCGGUUCGGCAGCUUUACCCCGGAAGAAGAAGCUGAGGAAACAUCACUUCGAUUCAAAAUCAAAAGGGAGGUCCAGAAGAUAGGAUCCUUUGGCGUAAGUGGCUUGGAAUUUUGUAUAACAGUCGUUCGUAUCGAUUUCCUUUCAAGUUCGUGCCUUCGGCAGUUGGAGCAAAUGGUGAUCCUCUUGAAAAAUGAUUAGAUUUGUCAGUUUGUAAUGCUGAUUAAUUGAACUAAUUGUUUCUUUUCUUGUUCUCCUGCUCCCUUGAACAUGUUUAAGCUUUGCAAAAUCACAUCGAGUUGCAGAUCGACAAUAUGUCAAUACCCUUUGUAUUUAGGCUAUGAUGGAAUUUGGCUGCA